AUGAAUUACCUGUACAUGAAGAAGUGUGUGGAGUCCAGCCCCGUGGUGCCCAUCCAGAAGCACUGGCUAAGCUCAAUGUUGUCCCUGGUGCCCCAGUCGCUGCAGAAGGGCAAGGAUAGGGAGGAUCUUAUUCAGGACCUUUUAGAGGAAGUUUCACAAGACUUUGAAAAAAGCAUGAAGAGACACCUGGUAAAAAGUAUUUUGGUGAAACCAGAAGUAAAAGGUCUAGAAUCAGAAGAUUCUGAUCCGUUGCCUGAGGAUCUCUUGGGUCUGGAUUACUCUAAGCCAUGGCAUCAGAGUUUUGUGCAAGCCAAAAAUGAGAUCCAGAAGAGUUUGCACCCGCUCCAUCCAGCCUUGAGGACCAUGCUAGAACUGGGCUUCUCCACUUUUUCAAGUCUGCUCAUUGUUGAUCUCUCUGGUUACAGAUCGAAUGGGCCUGUUGAAUGCGAAUCACUGAAGAAUAGCGCCUCCCUAGCUUGUACAAAGACAGAAGAGAAGUUAAUGAACACCUGGUACCCCAAAGUGAUCAAUCUUUUUACCAGUAAAGAAGCCUUGCAGCUCAUUGAACCUGACAAAAUAGACUCCUUCUACAGCUGUGUCACCACCCUUAUGUCCAAUCAGAUUAAAGACCUCUUACUGAGGACAGUAGAAGCUUUUGUGAAAUUGUUUGACCCUGAAGAUCCACAGUAUUUACCACUUUUCAAAAUGCAGCUUACAUUUGAUGACGAGAGAAUGGAUUUUUAUCCCAGCUUCCAGGACUUAGAAGAAGCCAUUUUGUUUAUUGUGACCAGAGUCUCAGAGACCUUGCAGAAUGUUCAGACCAUUCAGUCCUGGCUGUCUGUCAGCAAUACAGUUCAGAUUAUUGAGGCCAAGCUAUCUGACUACAUCAUCAAUUCUGCUGUUGUUAAGCUGAAAGAAGCAAUAAGUCACAAUUUAAAGGAACCCAUGAUACAUUUCCAGACAUAUGUGGAAAGUUAUAGCUGGCUUGUGGAUGGAUCUGCCGAUGAGAAAGUGCAGACGUUUUUAACUGAAAAGCACAGCUUUGAUGAAUACACAGGGUUCAUAGAACAGUUCCAUCAACUGGCCAAGGAAAUAAUGGGACUGCCCGCACGGGCUCAUUUCACUAUGGUACAGUUGGAUUGUGAUGAUCUUAAGGAAGGUCUGGCUGACAAGGCCAAAAGUUUUGCCAGCAUAUUGCUAGAGAGUCUGGUGGAAGACCACAGAUUGGAGAAUGAAAAAAUCUGUAAGGAAUUUGAGUCCAUUAAAAUACAGGCGUUAAAAGUUCCUGAAACAACAGAAGAUGUAAUCGCGGAAAUUGAAUUUGUUGAGGAGGCUAAAUCGAAAGGCAUUAUAGCUUUGAAAUCACGAAUCUCGGAAUGCCAAAGGAGAAUGAAUUAUCUUCUAGAUGUAUUUUUAUUUUCACCAGAAGACCUUGCCCUAAACUCAAUAGUGUUAUUGUGGCCCAAAAAUAUUGACCCCGUGUUUGAUAAAAAUGAUGAGCUAAUUGAAAAGGCCAAGCGUAAAGGUGAGAGUGAACUACUGGGGAAGAGAGAGAAGCUCAUGCUGGAGCUGGAGAAGCUGUCACGUCGGAUGGAGGAGUUUGCAGAGUGCUCUGAGCUGGAUAUGAUGCAGCAGUAUGUGGCUGACAUGAGAACAGUUCAGAAACGAAUAGCAGAUGCAGAUGAGACAUUGGCUUACAUUAAUAAAGAAGAAGCAUUGUACAAAUGGGACCUGACAACCUACCCUGAGCUGGACGCUUUGAAAACUAACAUCGACCCAUACCAAAAACUGUUUGCUAUCAUUUAUAAGUGGCAGAGGACUGAAAAGAAAUGGAUCGAUGGAGCUUUUCUUGACUUGAACGGAGACAUCAUGGAAGCCGAAUUGGAUGAAUUCUUCAGAGAGGUGUAUAAGAUGAUGACAUUUUUCCAGCAGAAGGAAAAAAAGGCAGAACAGGAGAAAAAGAAGACAGCCCAGCAUAGGUCAUUGACAGAUAAUAAGGUGGAAGAAGAGAAGAAGGAAAGCCGCAUAGUUCUUAUGUGUUCUUCCAUCAUAGAUCAAAUCAAGUCUUUUAAGGAUUAUAUCCCCCUGGUGAGCAUCCUUUGUAACCCAGGCGUAAGGACCCGUCACUGGGAUCAGAUGUCCGAGAUUGUUGGAUAUGACCUCACACCGAAUUCUGGUUCCACCCUCAGAAAAGUUCUAAAGCAGAAUUUAACCCCUUUUCUUGAUAGCUUUGAGCAGAUUAGCGUUGCAGCUAGUAAGGAAUUUUCCUUGGAAAAGGCAAUGCAUACAAUGCAAGACAUGUGGGACUCCAUUUCUUUUACCACAAGCGCUUACCGGGAAUCAGGUGUGUCCAUCCUGUCCUCAGUGGAUGAAAUCCAGACCAUUCUAGAUGACCAGAUUGUCAAGACACAGACAAUGAGAGGAUCCCCUUUCAUCAAGCCUUUUGAGAAAGAAAUAAAGCAAUGGGAGGAGCGCCUGAUCAGGAUCCAGGAAACUAUUGAUGAAUGGCUAAAGGUGCAGGCUCAGUGGCUCUAUCUAGAACCUAUAUUCUCCUCUGAGGACAUCAUGCAGCAAAUGCCCGAGGAAGGACGUCUCUUCCAGACAGUGGACAGAAACUGGAGAGAAAUCAUGAAACAUUGUGUAAAAGACCCCAAGGUUUUAAGUGCCACCUCCCUUACUGGGCUUCUGGAAAAGCUGCAAGACAGUAAUACACUCCUGGAUAAAAUAAUGAAAGGGCUUAAUGCUUAUCUGGAAAAGAAGAGGCUUUUCUUCCCUAGAUUUUUCUUCUUAUCCAAUGAUGAAAUGCUGGAGAUUCUUUCUGAGACGAAGGAUCCAUUCCGGGUUCAGCCUCAUCUAAAGAAAUGCUUUGAAGGGAUUGCUAAGCUGGAGUUCCUCCCUAACUUGGAUAUUAAAGCCAUGUUCAGCUCUGAGGGGGAGAGGGUGGAAUUUAUUCAGAUUAUUUCCACUUCAGAGGCACGAGGAGCUGUAGAGAAAUGGCUCAUCCAGGUGGAAGAUGUAAUGCUGAGAAGCAUACGUGACGUUAUUGCUCGCUCUAGAAUGGCAUACCCUGAGACUGCUAGGAAAGAUUGGGUGAGAGAAUGGCCGGGACAGGUGGUGCUAUGUGCAUCUCAGAUGUUCUGGACCAGUGAGGUGCAUGAAGCUAUAGCUAGCGGCCCUCAGGGAUUAAAAAAUUACUAUGAGAAACUUCAGCAUCAGCUAAAUGACAUUGUUGAACUUGUACGAGGCAAGCUGUCCAAGCAAACACGUACCACACUGGGAGCUUUGGUUACCAUAGAUGUCCAUGCCAGGGAUGUGGUCAUGGACAUGAUAGAAACAGGUGUUUCUCAUGAAACAGAUUUCCAGUGGUUGGCCCAGUUGCGCUAUUACUGGGAAAACGAGAACGCCCGUGUGCGAAUCAUUAACUGCGACGUGAAAUAUGCUUAUGAGUACCUAGGAAACUCACCACGACUGGUCAUUACUCCUCUUACAGACAGAUGCUACAGAACUUUGAUUGGUGCUUUUUACCUAAGUCUUGGUGGAGCUCCUGAGGGACCUGCAGGUACAGGAAAGACCGAAACUACCAAAGAUUUGGCCAAGGCCUUGGCUGUGCAGUGCGUGGUAUUCAACUGCUCUGAUGGUCUGGACUACUUAGCGAUGUCAAAGUUCUUCAAGGGUUUGGCAUCAUCUGGAGCAUGGGCGUGCUUUGAUGAAUUUAACCGUAUUGAAUUGGAGGUGCUGUCUGUUGUGGCGCAACAGAUCCUCUGUAUCCAGAGAGCCAUUCAGACAAAAAUGGACAUAUUCAACUUUGAAGGCACUGAAUUGAAGCUCAACCCAAACUGCUUUGUUGCUAUUACUAUGAACCCUGGUUACGCAGGGCGAUCUGAGCUGCCUGACAACCUUAAGGUUCUUUUCCGGACUGUAGCUAUGAUGGUUCCCAAUUAUGCGCUGAUUGCAGAGAUCUCACUUUAUUCAUAUGGGUUCCUACAUGCAAAGCCUUUAUCAGUCAAGAUCGUAAUGACAUAUAGGCUGUGCUCUGAGCAGCUAUCCUCCCAGUUCCAUUAUGAUUAUGGCAUGCGUGCUGUAAAGGCUGUGCUAGUGGCUGCUGGAAACUUGAAGCUGAAAUUCCCCAAUGAAAAUGAAGAUAUUCUACUCUUGCGAUCUAUUAAGGAUGUAAAUGAGCCUAAGUUCUUAUCUCAUGAUAUCCCAUUAUUUAAUGGAAUUACCAGUGACCUGUUCCCUGGCAUUUGUCUGCCUGAAGCAGACUAUAAAGAUUUGCUGGAGUGUGCGCAUGAGUGCUGCAUUAAACACAAUGUUCAGCCGGAGAAGGUGUUCUUGGAGAAGAUGAUACAGACCUACGAAAUGAUGAUUGUCAGACAUGGUUUUAUGCUGGUUGGAGAGCCUUUUUCUGGAAAAACAAAAGUUCUCCAUAUACUUGCUGAUACUCUGUCUCUUAUGAACGAACGAGGGUGUGAGGAAGAAAAAGUCAUCUACAGAACAGUGAAUCCAAAAUCCAUUACCAUGGGACAGUUGUUUGGACAGUUUGAUCCAGUGUCACAUGAGUGGACUGAUGGCAUUGUUGCAAACACAUUUCGUGAAUUUGCAUUAUCUGAGACGCCAGAAAGAAAGUGGGUAGUGUUUGAUGGCCCUAUCGAUACAUUGUGGAUAGAAAGUAUGAACACAGUACUCGACGAUAAUAAAAAGCUUUGCUUAAUGAGUGGUGAGAUUAUUCAGAUGUCAGCACAAAUGAGUCUCAUCUUUGAAACAAUGGACCUUUCCCAAGCUUCGCCAGCCACAGUAAGUCGUUGUGGUAUGAUCUACCUGGAACCCCUGCAGCUAGGCUGGGAACCCCUGGUGAAGUCUUGGCUCAACACCCUCCCUGAGGCCUUGAAAACAAAGGAAUAUUUAGCUCUGUUAGAAGACCUUUUCCAGUGGCUAAUACGACCAGCUUUACGAUUCCUUAGGAAACAGUGCAAGGAACUGGUGGCAACUAGUAAUAGCAAUUUGGUGAUUUCACUCACCCGGCUCUUUGAGAUGCUAAUUUUUGAUGCUGUGAAAGAAGAACCUACUAAUAAGAGCAUUCGUAUUUGGAUUAUGGCUUGCUUUGCUUUCUCAAUGGUGUGGUCUGUUGGUGGCUGCUGUGAUGCUGACAGCCGGAGCAAGUUUGAUGCUUUUCUCAAGGAGAUUACAGCAGGAAAAAAUAAGCAGGAUCCAGUCCCGUCAUCUAUAGGGAAAUGGGAAUGUCCUUUUGAUGAUAAAGGCCUGGUAUAUGAUUUCGUAUAUGAGUUAAAAGGCAGGGGUCGCUGGGUUCACUGGAAUGAAUUUAUCAAAGGCACAAAUGUGGGGGAUAAAAACACCAAAAUUCAAGAUAUCAUUGUCCCAACCAUGGAUACUGUCAGAUAUACAUUCCUCAUGGACAUGGCUCUCAAGUACUCUAAGCCCUUGCUAUUUGUAGGACCAACUGGUACAGGUAAAUCGGUGUACGUGAAGGACAAGUUAAUGAACAAUCUUGACAAGGAUACAUUUUUUCCCUUCUUCAUAAAUUUUUCUGCUCGGACCAGUGCCAAUCAAAUUCAGAAUAUUGUUAUGGACAGACUGGAUAAAAGACGGAAAGGAGUGUAUGGACCUCAGAUGGGGAAGAAAUGUGUCAUAUUUGUGGAUGACAUGAAUAUGCCAGCAUUAGAACAAUAUGGUGCACAGCCACCGAUUGAGCUUCUGAGACAGUUCUUUGACCAUGGAAACUGGUAUGACCUAAAGGACACCUCCAAAAUCACUCUGGUUGAUGUGCAGCUGAUUGCAGCUAUGGGGCCCCCGGGUGGUGGGAGAAAUGCAGUGACACCACGAUUCUUGCGCCAUUUCAACAUUUGUACUAUCAACACCUUUAGUGAUGAGACCAUGGUGCGCAUCUUUUCAGCAGUUGUGGCAUUCUACCUGAGAAAUCAUGAAUUUUCCCCUGAAUUCUUUACAGUUGGGAACCAAAUUGUGAAUGGCACAAUGGAGGUGUACAAAAAGGCCAUGGAGAACUUGCUGCCCACCCCAGCCAAAUCCCAUUACACUUUUAAUCUUCGGGACUUCUCUCGGGUUGUUCAGGGGUGCCUACUUGUCAAGAAAGAAGCUGUAGAGAACAAGCGUGUCAUGGUGCGAUUGUUCGUCCAUGAGGUGCUGCGAGUAUUCUAUGACCGCCUAGUGGAUGACAAGGAUCGGUCCUGGCUAUUCAAUCUGAUAAAAGAUGUAGUUAAAGAGCAUUUCAAGGAAAAUUUUGAAUCUGUCUUUGAGCAUCUAAAACAAGAAAAUGAGCCUACCUCAGAGGAAGAAAUUAGGAAUCUUCUGUUUGGUGACUACAUGAACCCUGACUUGGAAGGAGAUGAACGUCUGUAUUCGGAGAUACCAAGUGUGCAGCAGUUUAAUGAUGUAGUGGAGAAAUGUCUGGACGAAUACAACCAGACUCACAAGACCCGUAUGAACCUGGUUAUAUUCAGAUAUGUACUGGAACAUUUAUCACGUAUUUGCCGGAUAUUGAAGCAGCCAGGUGGCAAUGCCUUGCUGGUGGGAGUUGGAGGCAGUGGACGGCAAUCGCUGACACGUUUGGCCACGUCUAUGGCAAAAAUGAGCAUUUUCCAGCCAGAGAUCUCCAAAAGCUAUGGCAUGAAUGAAUGGAGGGAAGAUCUAAAGGGUCUCCUGAGAAAUGUAGGAGUGAAAGGACACAAGACUAUAUUUCUUAUUACCGACACACAAAUUAAAACAGAGGCCUUUCUGGAAGAUGUGGACAGUCUGCUUAACACUGGGGAGGUUCCUAACCUUUUUGCUGCAGAUGAAAAGCAAGAAAUUAUGGAGGAAGUUCGCCCAACAGCCCAAGCUGGGAAUAAAAAUGUUGAGCUCAGCCCUCUGGCUUUGUUUGCUUUCUUUGUGAACCGUUGCAAGGAAAACCUCCACAUUGUAGUUGCCUUCAGCCCCAUUGGAGAUGCAUUUCGCAAUCGCCUGCGACAAUUCCCCUCCCUUAUCAACUGCUGCACUAUUGACUGGUUCCAGCCAUGGCCAGAGGAUGCCCUUGAGAGAGUGGCUGUAAAGUUCUUGGAGACGUUGGAAAUGACCGAUCCUGAGCGCCAGGAAGUGGUUCCAAUCUGCAAAUACUUCCACACAUCAGCCAUAGGGCUAUCAGACAAGUUUUUGAGAGAACUGGGGAGACAUAAUUAUGUGACCCCCACCUCUUACCUGGAGUUGAUUGCUGCUUUCCGUCAGCUGCUCUCCCAGAAGAGGGACACGGUGAUGAAGGCAAAGAAGAGAUACACUAAUGGUUUAGAUAAGUUGGCUUUUGCUGAAUCACAGGUUGGAGAGAUGAAGACGGAACUGGUUAAAUUACAGCCUGAACUGGAAGAAUCCAAAAUAAGAAAUGCUGAAAUGAUGAAGGUUAUAGAAAAAGAGUCUGCAGAGGUGGAAGCAAUGAGUAAAAUAGUUCGAACAGAUGAGGAAGUGGCCACCCAGAAAGCCAGCGAAGCCCAGGCCUUGAAAAAUGAGUGUGAGAGCGAUCUUGCAGCGGCUAUCCCAGCCUUGGAGGAGGCCAUGUCUGCUCUGAACACUCUUAAGCCAUCAGAUAUCACUAUUGUUAAAGCAAUGAAGAAUCCUCCUUCGGGUGUAAAACUUGUCAUGGAAGCUGUUUGUGUCAUGAAAGAAAUCAAACCAGAGAAAGUAAAGGAUUCAACUGGAACUGGGCAGAAGAUCGUUGAUUAUUGGGGACCUAGUAAGAAACUUCUGGGAGAUAUGAAUUUUCUGAGAGACCUACGAGAAUAUGACAAAGAUAACAUUCCGGUAUCAGUGAUGCAAAAGAUCCGAAGUGAAUACAUCACCAAUCCUGACUUUGAUCCAGCUAAAGUGUUGAAAGCUUCAUCUGCAGCUGAGGGGUUGUGCAGGUGGAUUCUAGCCAUGGAAGUCUAUGAUAGAGUCGCAAAGGUGGUAGCUCCCAAGAAAAUUAACUUGAUGGAGGCUGAGCAGUCUCUGGUGGAGACUAUGGCAGUGCUGAACCAGAAGAGGGCGGAGCUAAAAUCGGUUGAGGAUAGCUUGGCGACCCUGGAGGCCGAUUUUCGGGAGAAAACAGAGGAGAAAGCCCAGCUGGAAAUCAAAGUGGAUUUAUGUGCUAAGAAGCUAAAACGGGCAGAGAAGUUAAUUGGAGGUCUUGGUGGAGAGAAACACAGAUGGUCCAAUGCUGCAGACUCUCUGCAAAAUGUUUAUGAUAAUCUGACUGGGGAUGUCCUUAUAUCGGCUGGUGUCAUCGCCUAUCUGGGAGCUUUUACUGCUGGAUUCCGGCAAGAAUGCACUAAAGACUGGAGCAAACUAUGCAAGAGUAAAACGAUCCCAUGUUCUGAGGACUUUUCCUUGAGUAAAACCCUUGGAGACCCCAUUCAAAUCAGAGCCUGGAAUAUUGCUGGAUUACCAACAGAUAACUUCUCUAUAGACAAUGGGGUCAUUGUGAGCAACUCACGGCGAUGGCCUUUAAUGAUUGACCCCCAGAGCCAAGCUAACAAGUGGAUUAAGAAUUCAGAAAAGGAGAACAAGCUGAGUGUUAUCAAAUUAACAGAUUCAGACUACAUGCGGACUCUGGAGAACUGUAUCCAGUUUGGCACUCCUCUUCUUCUGGAGAAUGUUGGGGAAGAUCUGGAUCCAUCACUGGAGCCACUGCUACUGAAACAGAUAUUUAAACAGGGGGGUAUGGACUGCAUCCGACUUGGGGAAACAACUAUUGAAUAUUCAAGCGAUUUUAGGUUCUACAUGACAACUAAACUUAGAAAUCCACAUUAUCUGCCUGAAUUGGCAACUAAAGUCUCUCUGUUAAACUUCAUGAUCACCCCUGAGGGUCUGGAAGACCAGUUACUUGGGAUCGUUGUGGCGAAAGAAAGACCAGAGCUUGAAGAAGAGAGGAAUGCGCUGAUCUUGCAAUCGGCUUCUAAUAAAAAGCAGCUAAAGGAAAUUGAAGACAAAAUACUGGAGACCUUACAGUCCUCAGAGGGAAACAUCUUGGAAGAUGAGAGUGCCAUCCAGAUCUUAGACUCUGCCAAGAUCAUGUCCAAUGAGAUUGCCAAAAAGCAACAGAUUGCAGAGAAAACCGAAUUGAAGAUAGCAGAGUCGCGAGAAGGCUACAGGCCCAUUGCAAAGCACUCAUCUGUCCUUUUCUUCAGUAUUGCUGACCUGGCUAACAUUGACCCCAUGUAUCAGUAUGCCCUCAACUGGUUUGUCAACCUUUACAUAAACUCCAUUCAGGACAGCAACAAAUCUAAAAUCUUGGAAAAACGUCUUCGUUACCUGAAUGAUCACUUCACCUACAAUUUAUACUGCAACGUGUGCCGCUCCCUCUUUGAGAAGGACAAACUCCUGUUUUCCUUCUUGCUCUGCUGCAACCUCCUCAUGGCAAAGAAGGAGAUUAAGUAUCAGGAAUUUAUGUUCUUACUGACUGGAGGAGUGGGCCUGCAAAAUAAUGUGGCCAACCCAGCUCCAUCUUGGCUUCCUGAUAAGAGCUGGGAUGAGAUUUGCCGCGCUAGCGAUUUAAAUUCCUUCAAAGGCUUAAGGGAACACUUUAUAGGGAAACCCAAUGAAUGGCACAAAAUAUAUGACAGCCGAGAGCCACACAGUGUUCCCUUUCCCCAUCCAUUCAUUGAAAAUCUGAAUGAGCUUCAGAAAAUGAUCAUUCUACGAUGCUUGAGACCAGACAAGAUAAGCCCAGCUGUGAACAAUUAUGUGACUGAUAAACUGGGGAAGAAGUUUGUUGAGCCGCCUCCAUUUGAUUUAUCAAAAAGUUAUUUGGAUUCCAAUUCUACAAUCCCCCUCAUCUUUGUCUUGUCACCUGGAGCUGAUCCAAUGGCAAGCUUAUUGAAGUUUGCCAAUGACAAGAACAUGGGUGGUGGUGACAAGUUCCAGGCCAUAUCGCUUGGACAAGGACAGGGUCCUGUGGCUGCAAAAAUGAUAAAAGAGGCAGCAGCAAAUGGGACCUGGGUUUGUCUGCAGAACUGUCACCUGGCUGUGUCCUGGAUGCCGACUCUAGAGAAAAUUUGUGAGGAGUUUACCAGUGACACGUGUCACCCAGACUUUAGACUCUGGCUAACUAGCUAUCCAUCACCAAAGUUUCCUGUCACCAUUCUUCAAAAUGGAGUUAAGAUGACCAAUGAACCACCAACAGGACUAAGGCUUAAUCUAUUACAAUCAUACCUCACUGACCCUAUCUCUGACUCUGAAUUCUUUGAUGGGUGCCCAGGGAAAGAACAGAUAUGGGAGAAGCUGCUGUUUGGGGUGUGUUUUUUCCAUGCUCUGGUUCAGGAAAGGAAGAAGUUUGGUCCUCUUGGAUGGAACAUUCCGUAUGGCUUCAAUGAAUCUGAUUUGCGUAUAAGCAUUCGUCAGUUACAGCUAUUUAUCAAUGGCUACGAACAUGUCCCCUUUGAAGCAAUCUCAUAUCUAACCGGAGAAUGUAACUACGGAGGACGUGUAACAGAUGACUGGGACCGACGUCUCCUACUAACCACUCUAGCAGACUUCUAUAACAAUGAAAUAGUUGAAAAUCCCCGUUAUUCCUUUUCUCCAAGUGGCAACUACCUAGUGCCACCUAAAGGCACUUAUGAGGAUUACAUAGAAUUCAUCAAGCGACUCCCAUUCAGUCAGCAUCCUGAAGUCUUUGGCUUACAUGAAAAUGUUGACAUAUCAAAGGAUCUGCAGCAAACGAAAAUUAUUUUUGAAUCCUUACUCCUCACUCAGGGGGGAGGACGACAAGGAGGCUCCUCUGGGGCCAGUGAUAACACUUUAUAUGAGAUAGCUAGUGAUAUACUCAGCAAGCUUCCAAAGGAUUUUGACAUUGAGGCAGCUCUUCAGAAGUUCCCAGUGAGAUAUGAAGAGAGCAUGAACACUGUGCUGGUACAGGAGAUGGAGAGAUUUAAUAAUUUAAUCCGAACUAUCCGGACCACACUACAAAAUCUACAGAAAGCCAUCAAGGGUCUGGUGGUGAUGGAUUCAGAACUGGAGGCUCUGUCUAGCAGUUUAAUUGUAGGGAAAGUUCCUGAAACGUGGGCCAGACGUUCUUACCCGAGCCUAAAACCUCUGGGAAGUUACAUCAAUGAUUUCCUGGCCCGGCUGAAGUUCUUACAGAACUGGUGUGACUCCGGUAAGCCGCAUGUAUUUUGGCUCUCAGGGUUCUUCUUCACACAAGCGUUUUUAACCGGAGGCAUGCAGAACUAUGCCAGAAAAUACCAAAUUCCCAUUGAUCUUCUGGGGUAUGAAUUUCAGGUUCUACCUAUGGAUACUUCUGACACCUCUCCAGAAGAUGGUGUUUAUAUUAACGGAUUAUUUUUGGAUGGAGCUCGGUGGGACAAGAAGAGUGGCGUGAUGGCAGAACAACAGCCCAAAAUCUUAUUUGACUUGGUGCCGAUAAUCUGGAUAAAACCAAAUAAAAGAUCUGAUAUAAAGAGGACCAAGUCAUACGUGUGUCCUCUUUACAAGACCAGUGAACGGAAGGGCACCCUGUCCACCACAGGCCAUUCCACCAACUUUGUCAUUGCCAUGCUGCUGCCAACAGAUAAACCAGUCCAGCACUGGAUAAAGAGAGGGGUCGCCCUCCUCUGCCAGCUUGAUGACUAAGAACAUGCUCACCAACGAAUUACAUUGGAGAAGAGAUCUUAGCACAUAUCUUUCUACCAGAUCUCAUCUAUCAUUUUUUUACUGCCACUUUUAGAAAACAAGUGCAGUAAUAACUUGAAUUGGCUUGUAACGUCAUUUUUAUAGCAUACCCAAAUAGUAGUACACCCAAAUUUAAAUUCUUGAAAAAUUAUACUGUCAUUAUAUAAUAACUUUGUUGUGUAAUGUAAUAUCUAGUUUCAAAAUCUGUGUAAUUAUUUUCUGUAUAACUGAAUUCAGAAUUUCUAAUGCACAUGUACAGGUAGUUACCACUAAGAAAUCUUGUCCAUGCCAGACAAUCACAAUUAUUUAACAAGGUUUCUUAUAUAGCAGUUAGGAUGGACAAAGUACACUAACCCAUUGCUACCUACCCGUGUUUCCCCGAAAAUAAGACCGGGUCUUAUAUUAAUUCUGGCUAAAAAAAACACACUAGGGCUUAUUUUCAG